CACAACAAACCAACAUGAGGAAACUUAUUUUUUUACUCAUUUUUCUACUUUUCGCUUGGGAGACUUUUCAAAAAGAAGGGAAACGGAGGAACAGAAAGCGGGGGAACAGCUCGGCGCCUGCUGUUGCUGUGCCCAGGACAUUCUUUGCAGACGUCGUCUCCGAGCCGGUCCUGAAUGUGAACGGGACUCUCAGCCCCGUCUCGGCCCGGGCCCUUCCGGCGCUGCAGUUACUCAGCGACGGCGCGGUGGGCUACCUCCGCGGCCCCGUGAGCACCAGGGUCAUCCCCGCCGUUUACGUGCUGGUGGUGGCGGUCGGGAUCCCGGCCAACGUGGCCAUCCUGUGCCUGCUGGCCACCAAAGUCCGGAAGGUGUCCUCCGCCAUCCUCUACUGCAGCCUGGCCGUCUCCGACCUCCUCCUCCUCGUCUCCCUCCUCUUCAAGGUUCACUACCAUCUCCAUGGCAACGACUGGGCUCUGGGAGAGACCGCCUGUCGGCUGGUCACGGCCUGUUUCUAUGGCAACCUCUACUGCUCGGCCCUGACGCUGGCCUGCAUCAGCGUCAAGCGCUACCUGGCGGUGGUCUACCCCUUCAUGUACAAGACCAUGCCCAAGAGGGUGUGCGCUGCCUGGGCCUGCCUGGCCGUGUGGGUGGCGUUCGCCGCCGCCGUCGGCCCCGAGCUCCACGUGCGGCAGAGCUUCUGGCUCCCUCAGCUGAACCGCACCAGCUGCCACGACGUGCUGCCCCUGUACAGCCGCUCGCACCACUUCCUGCUCUACUACAACCUCGUCCUGACCGCCGCGGGCCUGCUGCUGCCGCUCGUGGUCACCGUCGUCUGCUUCGGACGGAUCAUCUGCGAGCUGAGCCGCUCGCACUUCGACUGGGCGAUGUACAUCAAGGCCAGCUCGCUGGUGCUCGGGAUGUUCGUGUUCUGCUUCCUGCCCGCCGGGGUCCUGCACUUCCUGCACUACGUGCGGCUGUUUGCGGACCGGACGGAGAGCCUGUACACGUACUUUAACGUGGCGGUGUGCCUGUGCUGCCUCCACGCCUGCCUGGACCCCUUCCUGUUCCUCCUCAUGUCAAAGUCGGCAGGCUCCAGGCUCUACUUCAUGACUUUCAAGGGUAAAACGCUCAGCAUUUCCGUCUGAGAAAGACUCUGGGAGCGGUUCACACGCGUGGGUUUCGUGAGGAGGGAGAGCGAUCGACUCUGUGGCUGGUAUCCAAAGAGAAAGCUUGAAGUAACUCCAGAGAAAUGAAACCGCUGGGGGACAGGGAGGGUCCGGACCCUCCUCUUAUGUCUCCAUAAUGCACCACUUAAGGCAGGGUUGUCAAACAUACGGCCCAUGAUUCAAGACUGUCAAGCCAGAUGGUUGAGUUCAGGGAACAGGAUGACAUGACGGGCGUAAAAAACACGAAGGAAAUAUUACACAAUUUCAGCAGGAGUUGCACGGCAGCAUCCUGAUUACUAACAGCAGCAGCACUAAAGAAAAACUGAGGUGGAAUUUGUGAAAACAUGCAUCCUGAAGGCUGCAGACACUGUUUGCACUCAGAUAUUAAUCUGAAGGGAAACACUGUGACAGAGGAUUUAGAAAAUAUUAAUUACUUUAACUGACAAAUGGUUAGGCCGCACAUAAGGAAAAAUGCUAUUUUUUCAGGUUUUAUAUCAAUACCUAUAAAUUGAUAGGGAGUUUUUUUUUGUAAUGUACUCCUUCAGCUUUGUAUUAAAGCAAAUGGAAACAUCUGGAA